AUGUCCACCACUUCUGAGAAGAACACUAUGGGCAUCGCGGUUGAAGAAGUCAGAAAGCCUGAACCUGAGCUUGGGGGCCAAAAUCACAGUUCUCCCAGUCUGGAGGAUCUCAUCGAGGAGGUUCCUCCUGCGGAGGACUCGCCGAGUCUGAUUGAGACGAUUGGGUAUUUGCUUUCUAUUCAAGAUGGCUAUGGACCGCCGGAUUCAACAUGGGAUGUGGAGGAUUUUGAUUAA